AUGUCAAACGACGGGGGUACCAUAUUCGGGGGACCCAGUGUCACCUCGUAUGGAGGAAUCGUGAAUGAGAUGUUUGAUGGUGGAGGUGGUCCAGUGGACGGACCACCGGCGUCCAAUGGGAAGAGUCCGAAGAAGGGAGCAGUUCCGUUGAUUGAUGAAGAAUCACAAUCAACGCCACGUGGCAGCACGGCUGGCGAUGGAGCUGUUGGCUCACCGAGCAUGGAAUUCGCCACGUCACGACCUGGAGGCUUGUCAACUAUAUCCGGAGUGUUUGCGCCGGUUGCAUUGAGCAUGUUCAGUAUAUUAUUGUUUAUGAGAAUGGGAUUCGUGGUUGGUCAACUAGGAUUCCUCAUGACAAUACUUCAAUUAGCAAUGGCCUAUGCUAUAGUUAUGCUUACCGUACUCUCACUAUGCGCAAUUUCAUCGAAUGGAGCUGUUGAGGGUGGAGGUGUUUAUUACAUGAUCUCCCGAUCUUUGGGUCCUGAGUUUGGAGGAGCCAUUGGAGUGUUGUUCUUUGUCGCCAAUGUUUUCUCAUGCGCUUUGUACAUUUCUGGAUUCACGGAAGCGCUCAUGAAUAAUAUUGGAAAUGGACAAUUCCCCGAUUCCCCAACGUGGCGAUUCCUUUACUGCGUGCUUGUCUCACUGGUACUUCUCGUCCUCUCCCUUCUCGGAUCUGCACUUUUCGCCAAGACCGCUCUUAUCACUUUUAUGCUCAUCUCGAUUUGUUAUUUCACAUGGAUUUUGUCGGUUGUUUUCAACGGACCAAUGGCAGUGGCUAUUCCCAAGGUCAAUACUCCAGCAUAUCGAGUGUUGGUAAACGCCUCGGAUCCAUCACAGGGAACUGUAGAAGACUUUACCCAGAACCUGACGGCUAAUUACACUGGAUGGAGCUUCCACACACUUGGAGAGAACAUGUUCCCAAAUUACACCAUGGAUUAUACCACUGAAAAACCCACCGACUUUGCUCUGAUGUUUGCUAUCAUCUUUUCUGGAGUCACUGGUUUGAUGGCUGGAGCCAAUAUGUCUGGAGAAUUGGCCCGCCCAUCAGUAUCCAUUCCACGCGGAACUGUGCAAGCAGUGUUUACAACGCUGUUCGCCUAUAUCGCUACUGCAUUCUUGAUGGCUGCCACUUCAAGUAGAUAUUUGCUCCAGAAUGAUUAUACGGUCAUGAUGGAUACCAACUUCCAUAGAAUUUUCAUUUUGAUUGGAAUCUUCUCAACGACACUGUUUUCGUCUAUGAGUAAUCUGAUUGGAUCCUCCCGAGUCCUAAACCGUCUCUCCCAUGACAAACUCUUCGGUUGCCUCCUCCGACCAGCCAAAAUCGAAAUCGGCGACCGUAACCCAGUGGUAUCUGUGGUCAUCACCUGGAUCUGUGUCGUUCUUGUCUUCCUAGUUGGAGCUAUGAACAAAAUCGCCAAGCUCACCUCGAUCUUCUUCCUGUUGAGUUAUAUGGGUGUAAAUGUUGCUACGUUGGCAUUGGAGCUCACUAGCGCUCCAAACUUCAGACCCACAUUCAAAUACUUUUCUUGGCAAACGUGCGCCCUCGGAGUUAUCGCUACUGGAACUAUGAUGUUAGUGGUGGAUGCGUCUAUGAGUGCGUUGGGUGUUGUAGUACUAAUGACAUUGAUUAUGGUUCUCCAUUAUCAGCUAAUUAAUACCAACUUUCAGGCGCCAAGUGUUUCUUCGGGAUCAAUUUCCCAGGCGCUGAUCUACCAUCAAGUUAGGAAGUACCUACUUUUAUUGGAUGUCAGAAAAGAGCAUGUGAAGUACUGGCGUCCCCAAAUCCUCCUUCUUGUUUCCCGACCAGCAUCCGCUUGCUCCUUACUGGACUUUGUGAACGAUCUCAAGAAGUCCGGACUCUAUGUAGUAGGCCAUGUUCGGAAAGGAGAUAUGGAUUCAUCUGCAGUGGUCGACCCUCUUCAACAAGUCUUCCCUUACUGGCUAUCCCUUAUCGAUUACCUAAAACUAAAGGCAUUUGUAGAGCUAACAAUGUCAAACAACAUUCGACACGGAAUCCAGCAACUUAUGAGACUCUCUGGUCUAGGAGCUAUGAAGCCAAAUACUGUAGUCAUUGGAUUCCAUGAGUUGGCACCUAGUCAAGCGACGCUUCAAGAGUCUCAGCUUCUCAAGGAUCUCCGAUUCUCGAAAAUUGACAGAGCUGCUGUAGUGGAAUAUUUUACUGCCGGAGACUAUAUGCCAAAAGAGUUGAAUGGAAAUUUGGAGAGACUGGCACCAGUGGAUUAUGUGAAUGUCUUGAAGGAUGUGUUGCAUAUGACGAAGAACUUGUGUGUCGCUCGACACUUUUCAAAAUUAGAUAAGGAGGCGUUGUCAAGAGGAUGGAAUGGACAGAAGAGAUAUAUUGAUGUGUGGCCGGUGGACUUGCAGAAGCCACAGGAGACAGGGCUUGGAUGGGAUAAUAGCUCUCUCUUCCUUCUACAAUUGGCUUGUAUCCUUUCAAUGUCUUCGCGCUGGCGAUCCUACACCAAGCUUCGUGUGUUCAUCUGUGUCAAUUCUCUUCAGGAUAUGCAUAGACGGGAGAGACAACUGAAGAACAUGCUUCAGACAUUGAGAAUCGAAGGAGAGUCAUCAGUGGUUCCUUGGGAUCAUGUUGUAUGUCACUAUCAACCAACAAACGGAGCAAGUGGCAAUACUACCAUCCCAUCUGUUGACCUUCCACCUGCAUACAUCAGCGCAUUCAACGACAUGGUGAAGAGAUAUUCUGAAGAAGCAGCCAUCACCCUUCUGAAUCUUCCAGUUCCACCAAACAGUGCGGAGGAUGACGGAGAGAAAUACCUCGAAAUGGUCCGAAACCUGACCGACGCUUUCCCACCAACACUUUUGGUUCAUGGUGUCUCCUCGGUUAUCUCGACGGCUCUAUAG